AUGGAAAAUCUUUACGAGAUUUUACAGUCAGAUCCCGGAGCGUCUACUGAGCAACUUCGAGAUUCAUAUAAAAGGCUGGUACGUUUAUACCACCCUGACAAAAAUCUCCAAACAUUGUUGCUUAGCAACAACCAUGAAACAAGUUCAGCAACAGAAAACACCCAGAACGCUGAUAAAUUCAUUAUUAUUGACAGAGCAUGGAAGAUCUUGAGCGACCCAGAACUGCGAUCUCAGUUUGACGCAAAAUGGCAUGAUCGCAAUCUGGCGCAGGAGCUGCCUAUUCAAGACGAGGUACUGUUUGAAGAUUUCGAUUACACUGACGAGGAGAAAGUGUAUUUAUUUCCCUGCCGAUGUGGUGGCUAUUACGUACUUUCUGAACUAGACUCUCAGCUCCAUUUCGAUAUCGUCUGCUGCGAAACGUGUUCUUUAACUAUCAAAGUACUCUAUAAAAGUGCUUAUUCAGAAUUUGAACUACAGAAAGGGAAGCCUGUAAACAUCCAGAAAAAUUAA